AUGGCUGGGCUGACGUUCUACCCAUCGCUGCUCGCGCCCCGGACUCCGCCGCUCUUGGCGCCGGAGCAGGACCCGGCCGACGGGCUGUUGAGCGCAGGCGCGCCGCCGCCGCAGGGCGGGUCCUUCUACACGGCCGUCGCCCCGCUGCAGGGCCUGCCGCACGCCCGGCACGGCUUCACGCCGCAGGCGGCCUGGGCCGCCUCCACGGCGGGCGCCGCGAAGCUUGAGGCGAGCUUGGACGGCGAAACCGAGGCGCCUGCUCCGCACAAGCACAAGUCCUCGUGGCAUGCCGCGCUCAACAAGCGGAUCAUCGCGCUGCCCUCGGCGGAGGACGGCGCCCUUUUCCUUUUCGGGGUCUGGCGCUGGGGCGGCAUGCGCGGGGACGGAUGCACAUAG